AGAUAAAUCAGCCAUGAAAUGGUGCUGAGAAACAUGCUCACGAUCAAUCUUUUAUGGCUUUUGCUGGCACCCCUUUUCUUCUCCACUACCGCUGCCGCUGCCACCGCAAAGCAGGGCUGCGACUCCAAAUGUGGAGAUUUAACUGUCCCCUACCCUUUUGGAAUUGGUCUAGGAAAAAAUUGUUCAAUAGGCUCACGGUUUGACGUAAACUGUGACACAUCUUUCAACCCUCCAAAGCCCUUCGUUGCCAAAAGCAUAGUGGAGAUUAUCAAUAUAUCGUCCGACGAACUACGUGUCAAGAAUUGGGUAGCAUUUAAAUGCUAUACAGAAACCGGUAACAUAAACGGCAGCCGUUCCAUAGGCAUUAAUUUCACAGGAACUCCUUAUAGCUUGGCCGAUUCGAACAAGUUCACAGUUGUCGGCUGCGACGACCUGUCGGUGAUCAGUGGACGAGGUGGCAGGAGUUUCAGAAGCGGCUGCCUGUCUGUUUGUUCCGAAAGGGAAGAUUUCAUUGAUGAAUUAUGUACAGGAAUUGGUUGUUGCCAAACUUCUAUACCAAAAGGCCUACAGGCUAUUUCUUAUUCAGUAACAACCGUCAAUAAUCAUACAAAUGUCUCGUCAUUUAAUCCCUGUGGUUACGCUUUUCUUGGAGAUCAGGAUGUAUUUAAAUUUCGGAAGUCAGAUUUUUCUGAUGAAGGUUUUCUGAAUAGAACAAUGGAAGAUGUUCCAAUAGUGAUUGAUUGGGCCAUUGGGAAUCAGAAUUGCAGUGACGCCAAAAAGUCUACUGAUUAUGCCUGUCUUCAGAAUAGUGUUUGUGUUGAUUCAGACACGGGUCUAGGUGGAUAUCGUUGUCAUUGCUCAACAGGAUACGAGGGCAAUCCGUAUCUAAGUCCAGGCUGCACAGACAUUGAUGAAUGCAAGAAUAAUCCAUGCAACGAAAACGGAAUUUGCACUAAUAUUCCUGGUAACUUCAGCUGUACCUGCAAACAUGGUUACUACGGUGAUGGCACAAAAAAUGACCGUGGAUGCAUUUCUGAGAACUCUCAGUUCCCAAUAAUCAAGUUCUUACUAGGUUUUAGCACUGUCUUCGUGUCGAUAAUCAUUGCUGUGACAUGGAUAUAUUUUAGCAUCAAGAAAAGAAAGCUUGUUAGAAUGAGAGAGAAAUUAUUCCAUCAAAAUGGUGGUCUGCUUUUGAAGCAGCGAAUUUCUUCAAAUGAGGAUGGAAUAGAAUCAACUAAAAUAUUUUCUGCUGAAGAACUUGAAAAGGCCACCAACAAGUAUGCUGAAGAUCGGAUUCUUGGCAGAGGUGGCUAUGGUACUGUCUAUAAAGGAAUUCUACGUGAUGAACGUGUAGUGGCGGUCAAGAUAUCAAGAAUAAUGGAUGAGAAUCAAAUUGAGCAAUUCAUAAAUGAGGUGAUUAUUCUUACUCAAGUUAAACAUCGAAAUGUGGUGAAACUGUUGGGAUGUUGUUUGGAGGCUGAAGUUCCUCUUCUGGUAUAUGAAUAUGUUUCAAAUGGUGCACUUUUUCACCAUAUACACGAUAAUGGUGAAAUGCCUUGGUUUUCAUGGGUAAAUAGAUUAAAAAUUGCUGCUGAUGCCGCGGGUGCAUUAUCCUAUCUUCAUUCUUCAGCUUCUAUGCCUAUUAUUCAUCGAGAUGUCAAGUCAAGCAACAUAUUGUUAGACAAUACAUACACUGCUAAAAUAUCAGAUUUUGGAGCGUCAAGAUUGGUUCCCUUAGAUCAAACGCAAGUAACGACACUGGUUCAAGGAACCCUAGGUUAUUUGGAUCCUGAGUACUUCCAAACCAGCCAAUUAACUGAAAAAAGUGAUGUUUACAGCUUUGGGGUGGUUCUUGCUGAACUCUUGACAAGAAAGAAACCUCUUUCACCUACAAAAUCUGGAGAAGAAAAGAAUUUGGCUACAUAUUUCAUCGCGUCCGUUAAAGAAGAUAGAUUAUUUCAAAUUCUUGAGCCUCGUAUUUUGAGGGAAGGUAGUUUUGAACAACUCCAAGCCAUUGGGGAGUUAGUGAAAAGAUGCCUAAACUUGAAGGGCGAUAAAAGACCAACAAUGAAAGAAGUGGCAAUGGAGUUGGAAGGAUUGAGGAAAUUUACAAGACAUCCUUGGAAUCAACAAAGAAAUGCAGAAGAAAAUAUGGCAUUGUUGAGUGAACAAUCAGACCUAUAUGAUAUCACAAUGACAAAUCAAGAAUGCACCACUUCUGCACAAGAUAGUUUGCAUAUUGAUAUGAUUUUUCCGAGCAACAAUCCCCGCUAAGUGUGAUCUGUGUUCAGUGAAAUCCCACAUGCAUAUGUGAAUGUUGACAAGUAUAGUUUUAGUAAGCUGAAAGUAUCGUUCCCACGAUGAAUUGAUUUGAGUUGAAUUGUAUUUAUUUGAAAAGAAACUCGAAUUUAAUCCAAUCACAAGAUUGAAAUGA